AUGCACGCUUGUGCGGCAUGCGUCAAAGCGAAGCGGAAAUGCUCGCGCCAGAGCCCUGCCUGUCUUCGCUGUCGUUCCCGAGGUUUGAACUGUCAGUACCCGACGAAAAGGUACGGCCGCUGGAUCCUUCUGCCCGAUAGACCCCCAGAAACUCCAAGGCCAAACGUGGAAACGGCUCUGCGCGGUUUGGAUCCACUGCUUUUGUUGGAUGAAGAACAGACUCAUGCGCAGCUCUCAAGCUGGUUCACUUCUAUUCGUACUUGGGACACCGUCUACUCGGAGAGACUCGUCAUGGAUGCCUUCUCCUCCCUAAACUUGGACGGUUAUGUCAGCAAAGUCCGUGGGUGGCUGGCCGAGUGGGUGCAGACGGGAAGCAAUCCCUUUAUCCACCAUCAGGUGUACACCUUGAGGUUCCCAAGAAGCAUACAAGAUGCAUACAUGUGCCUUUCAUGCUUCCUGAACAAAAAUCUGGCCAAUGAACAGAUGGUUAUGCGUCUGGUAGAAGAACGCUCCCAGACAUUGCUGAAUGAGCACGGCUUUGACACCACUGGGUCACUUAUUCUUCAAGAUCAGGGCAACGACCUUGAUUUGAUGGACCAUAUCGCGCGCGUUCAAGCUCUAUUUAUCUACCAGUUCAUUAGCCUCUUUGAGGAUAAAGUCCUCGGACGCCCACUUGCUCAAAGUCGGAACAUCCUCCUGCUCGCAUGGGCCAAGAAGAUGGUUUCCGUAGCGGCAAGCACUGUUCCAUCCGGAGUGCGAGACAUACUUCCAUCCUCACAACAUGAAAAUCACUACGGCAAAGACUUGAUCAAAUUGCUCUGGCACUCUUGGAUCGUUUCUGAGACUGUUCGCCGAACUUGGAAUGUCAUGGCGACUAUGCUCGGGCUGUUCGGCUUUGUCAAGCGUGGAAGGGAGGCCCCAUGUCCAGGCGGCAUGGUGUUCACCACCCGCAUUGGAGUGUGGGAAGCGAAAGAUGAGAUCGAAUGGCUGGAAAUUUGUUCGUCCCGAUCAGUAGGGUUGAUGCAAGUUGCUGAGUCCUGUGAUCUUAUAGACUCUGCAGAGUGCAAACAAGUCAAUGAGUUUACAACAACAACACUAGAACUUACGUAUGGGCGUGAAAGAGUGCAGCGAAGCAUGAAAUAA